AUGAGCGACCCAGCGACCCUCUGCGAUCGGACACCGUUUGCCCUCUUGAGUGCGGGGAGGGGCGGUGACGUCACCUCGGCGGGCCACGCCCCUUUCCGGCCCUCGUCCCUCAGCGGCUCCGCCAUUGCCGCGCGCGCCGCUACCGGGGCCGGUUCUGGGCCGGGACCGGCGCCUGUCCUGGGGCUCGUUCACUGCCGGAGCGUCCCCAAGGUGUCCCCAGUGAGCAUGGAGCCCCAAGAGGUGUCCCCUGCCCAGCUGCUGGAGGCUCUGGUGUCCGUGGUGGCCACCCUGGGUGAAGUGGCGGCCACCGUGACCGGGUCACACCAGGGCGUGCAGCAGUGCUUGUCUCCAGACUCCCUGCGCGCUGCCCUGAGGAGAUUCACCCAGAGCCUCCGUGAGACCCUGGACCACAGCAGUGUCCCCUCCCUGGGCCAGGCCCUGGCCACCCUCAGGGCCACCUCUUGGAUCAGCUGGGCCGAUGUGAGAGCUGUGGCCAAGGCCUGGCAGAGGUUGGUGGCCGCGCUCAGGGACAGAUGGGACCAGCUGGCCUUGGAGGCCGCCGAGCUCUGUGUUGCCUGCGCGGACGCGGCCCCUGCCCGGGCCAGGGACCUGUGGUACAAGACUGCCCGCCGGGGGACAGCUUGGCACAGACUGGCGGCCACCGCCCAGCGGCCAACGGUGGCCCUGGACUGGGAGGAGGUGGCCUGGGUGGGGGCCACACGCAAUGUCCUGGAGGCAGCGGCCACCAGUGAGGAGGAGGUGGCCACCAGUGAGGAGGAGGUGGCCACGAGCAUGCAGGAACUGGCCCCCAGUGAGGAGGAGGCAGCCAUCAGUGAGGAGGAGCUGGCCCCCAGUGAGGAGGAGGCAGCCAUCAGUGAGGAGGAGCUGGCCCCCAGUGAGGAGGAGCUGGCCCCCAGUGAGGAGGAGGCAGCCACCAACAAGGCCAUGGGAGAGGCCGUGGUGGCUGCCAGCCAGGCAAGGGCGGCCACCAGGAGGGGACAUUGGGCAGAGGUGGCCCUGAGGCCACUAGAGCGCUUGGUGGACGUGUGUGACAGGAACAUGGAUUACUGCCUCUGGGAGAUCAGGAUCAUCCUGAACAGGACAAAGAAGGCAUCCCCCAAUGUCCCUGUGGCCUUGGUGGCCAAGGUGGCCGAGGCCGAGCAGCUGUGGGAGGCCGGCUCCCGCCUGGCCAAGGAGCGCCUGCUGGGGAUAUUUGAGCUCAUUGACAACCUCCUCUUGAGUGCCUGUGGUGGCCCUGGUGGCCCAGGUGGCCCCUGUAGCCGCACAGUGGAUGAGUGGUGCCAAGAAGCCAUCAAGGACAUCCCAAGGCUGCUGCAGGGACAGUGAUGUCACCACUAUGAUGUCAUUGGGGCAGUGAUGUCACUGGAGAGACUUGUGGAUACUCAGCUGCCACCAGCUCCUCGUGUCACCAAGAGCCCCUCAAGUGUCACCAGCGCGAGUGCCACGAGCUCCUCAUGUCACCAAGAACCCCUCAAGUACCACCAGUUCCCCAAGUGCCACCAGCUCCUUGUGUCAUCAAGAGCCCCUCGGGUGCCACCAGCUCCCCAAGUGCCACCAGCUCCUCGUGUCACCAAGAGCCCCUCGGGUGCCACCAGCUCCUGGUGUCACCAAGAGCCCCUCGGAUGCCACCAGCUCCUGCUGUCACUGGGAUCUUGUGCAGGAGAAUCUGGGGGGGGUCCCUUGGGGCUCGGUCCUGUCCUCCUUCCCCAUUAUCAGCCAAGACCCCCCUGGGAGACAGUGGUCAGAAUUGAGAUUUUUAUAAAAGUUUGUUAAGGGAUAAAAUCCUGGUGCUAAUUGCCAAAAGCUCCCCAUUAAUUAAACCACGUUCUUUAUAUUCUGUUACAUCACAGAGGUUCAUGCAUAUUCACGGAGGUUGAUGCAUAUUCAUAAUAUAUUAUUGAUCUAAAAAUAUAUAUAUAUGAGUAAUAAAAUAGAAAUAUAGAUUUUAUAAAAAUACUUUACAUUAAUAUAUUUUAUACCAACAGAAUUUAUAUUAUAUUCAUAUAUAUAAUUAUGUUGAUUUACUAUAUUAUUUUAAAAUAAUAUUUUAUAUUAACAUUUUAUAUAUACAUAAAUAUACAUAUAUUUUUCUAUAUUCUAUAUAAAUUAUAUUCAAACAUUCCUGGAAGUUCAGAUGUUCUUUUGUUUGGUUUUAACCCUUGACUUGCCUCCACGCCAUCUUGUGCAUUAAACCAAUUUAUUUUAUUUCUC